CAGGCAGCUGGACGUGUGGGAACCAAAUGUGAGGUCUCUGGAGAGUAGACACUCUAACUGCUGAGCCAUCUCUCCGCCCCUUAACUGACUUUUGAAACACUCACUGGGAGAUGCUGAUGGGGACUCCAGCCUUAGUGACUUGUACCGAUGGCUGUGCGGGCGGGCGGUGGCUUCUAAGCGUGGCCAGUGUGGAGGUGUGUGCCCUUAGUUUGUGCCACCGUGGAAGCUGUCUGACUCGUGCCUAAAGAACUCGUACAGUUUCACACUGAAGGCAGGCUGCUGGCUGAGUGUGCAUCCUUAGCGUCUCUAGCAAGCGCUCAGAGCGGACAUCCCAGGAGUCAGCAGGGAAGGUCUGGCAGCAGCUGGGCUGCAGGACACAGGGCUCUGUGGCCUGCCACCGGGCUUUGCCCCGGCAUUGCAGAGAGGACACUUGUACACAAGCCUUGCAAAGGUCGGAGGCUCCGGCAUAAGCAAACUCUUCUGCUUCUAGUAGUGGGUUCAGGGCCACAGGAAGGCUGCUGGAGGACAAGAAAGAGCACUGCCCACCACAUGUCCCACUGGGCACAAAUGGACAGGUGCUGGCCUCUUCUGUUCACAGUGAUCUGGUUUUCAACAAAUUUGUCAGGGUUUGGCCACAUGCCAGUUCCACUUAGCUUUAUGCACGUUGCGUUUGUCUUUUGAGCAGAAUGUCAUACAGAAGCAGACAGGAAAAUUACAUCAAGUGCCGGCUAGAAAACCUGAGGUGGGUGGGGCCUUGGCCUGAAGCACAAAGCUUCCUGUGUUCAUGUCCAUCUGGCAACCCAGUGGGAUUUGUCUGAAAUGACCCACGAGGAGUCCAGGACCUGUCACCCACAUUCCCCGUGCCCAGCUUUCUCUGCCAGAGGUUGAAUGAUCUGACACAAGACCCUCAUUCUGUCUCCUGUUCUUCACACUGGCCUGUUCCCUUCCUUCUGUCCAGCCGCCGCCAACAUGUCAUCAAGCUGUCUUUGACUGCCCUGGCUUCUAGCCCAGCACCUGGCUCUUAACUUUUUCCUGCAGGAUGGCACUGCCAGUCCCACUGUCUUGGGAAGGUGGCCCCCAUCAGCCACUUCCCAUUUAAUUGCUUCUCCAUUUUCUAAGACCUGGCUCUUGACUUCACGGCAGCCUCAGGUCAGAUUUCCCCUUCCUCACUGGGACACUUAGCAGCCAGUGGUUGGUUUGGGUUGCUCUGAAGGGCAAGCCUGCUUCAGGAGGAUAGUAGCAGGCCCUUGGAGGCAGGGCAGCUGCUUCUGUCUCCUUAGUCUGCAUAGUUGGUAAUGUAGACUUGCUCUGGGGAAGCCAGCACAGUGCUCAGACAGAGGAAUGCUGAUGUCAGGAGGAGGAGGGUUUGUGGAGACUGGGAAAUGACCCUGCAGGCUGAGGAGAGAGCCACCAGAUCAGAACUUGUUUGGGGCCUUGGCUUCACACCUACAAGGUAACUUCACUUUGGCAUUUUCCUGUCUCCAGAAUAGGAAGAGUGGAGUGAUUCCUUCCCCUCCCCUCCCCCGACAGACGCAUUUUCCUUCAUGAUCUGUCUCAGUCUUUCUCCUGAAAUUAAAACCCAUGGACCGCUUCUGGACCUUACACGAUGCGGCGAGUGGUGCGGCAGAGCAAGUUCCGGCACGUCUUCGGACAGGCGGUGAAAAACGACCAGUGCUAUGAUGACAUCCGAGUCUCCCGAGUGACCUGGGACAGUUCCUUCUGUGCCGUCAACCCCAGAUUUGUCGCCAUCAUCAUAGAAGCGAGUGGGGGAGGAGCCUUCCUGGUGCUCCCUCUGCACAAGACGGGGCGAAUUGACAAAUCCUACCCCACAGUAUGUGGCCACACAGGACCAGUGCUGGACAUAGACUGGUGUCCACACAACGAUCAGGUUAUUGCCAGCGGCUCAGAGGACUGCACUGUUAUGGUUUGGCAGAUCCCAGAAAAUGGACUGACCCUUUCCCUGACCGAACCUGUGGUGAUUUUAGAAGGUCACUCGAAAAGAGUUGGCAUCGUCGCCUGGCAUCCGACAGCCCGCAACGUGCUUCUUAGCGCAGGAUGCGAUAACGCCAUUAUCAUCUGGAACGUGGGCACGGGGGAGGCCCUCAUCAACUUGGACGAUAUGCAUUCAGAUAUGAUUUACAACGUGAGCUGGAACCGCAACGGUAGCCUCAUUUGCACCGCGUCCAAAGACAAGAAAGUGAGAGUCAUCGACCCCAGGAAACAGGAGAUCGUGGCGGAGAAGGAAAAAGCACACGAGGGAGCCCGGCCCAUGCGCGCCAUCUUCCUGGCCGACGGCAAUGUCUUCACGACUGGCUUUAGCCGCAUGAGUGAGCGGCAGUUGGCACUCUGGAACCCGAAAAACAUGCAGGAGCCAAUCGCUCUUCAUGAGAUGGACACUAGCAAUGGGGUGCUGCUGCCUUUCUACGACCCAGACACCAGUAUCAUUUACUUGUGCGGGAAGGGUGACAGCAGUAUCCGCUAUUUUGAAAUCACGGACGAAUCCCCAUAUGUCCACUACCUCAACACAUUCAGCAGCAAGGAGCCUCAGCGAGGGAUGGGCUACAUGUCGAAGCGGGGACUUGAUGUCAACAAAUGUGAGAUCGCUAGGUUCUUCAAGCUUCACGAGAGGAAGUGUGAGCCUAUCAUCAUGACUGUCCCCAGGAAGUCCGACCUCUUCCAAGAUGACCUGUACCCUGACACGGCGGGGCCGGAGGCCGCACUGGAAGCAGAGGAGUGGUUCGAGGGCAAGAACGCCGACCCGAUCCUCAUCUCCUUGAAGCAUGGGUACAUUCCAGGCAAGAACAGGGACCUCAAGGUGGUCAAGAAGAACAUUCUGGACAGCAAGCCGGCCGCAAACAAGAAGGGCGACCUCAUCAGUGCUCCCAAGAAGAUCACAGACACGGCCAGUGUGCAAAAUGAAGCCAAGUUGGAUGAGAUUUUAAAAGAGAUCAAAUCCAUAAAAGACACAAUCUGCAGUCAAGACGAGCGCAUUUCCAAGUUAGAGCAGCAGCUGGCGAAGAUGGUGGCCUGAGGCCCGCCCACCUCCACAGAGGGCAGCUGCUCAUUGGCGUGCUCCGCGGGAGGGCAGACAGGGAGGCACUGCCAUUGGAGACAUCCCACUUCAGAUCCGUCAGCCAGCAGCAGGCGGCACUCCAGCAGGGACGCAGUCCCUCUCCCAAAUUGGCGAAAAAUGAAAGCGGAGCUUUUAUCAGGAAGCUGGUUGGUGUUUGACAGGCCCAGGGACUUGUUGAAUUUACUACAUUAAAAUGCCAGGUAUUCUGAAUUUUAGAAACAAACCCACCCCAACCCAGUGUCCUGCCCACACACCUUUUGAUGAGUGGGGCCAAUGCCACCUUCACUCUGUGUAUUUCUUCCUUUUGAAUGUUGCCAAAACCAAAAGUAGCUUUUUUUUCUUUGUAUUUUGCUACUUUGCAGUAUUUGUGUGGUUGGUUCUUUUGGGUUCUCUUCCUCCUUAAUUUGAAAGGGACAGCACUGUGUAUGUUUAUAAACUCAAGGAAGAUGAGAUGAUUAUUUUGUAUAAAGUCUCACAGGAACAAUUGGUGUAGCUACACGGUGCUGGCUCAUUCGCAGCACAGAUCUGGUCAUCUAAUGACUGUCCAUCAGGACAACUUGAGGACCCACGCGCCACCCUCCAUCCCCUUGAGUCUGCGAUCAAACAGCUCUCAUCCCCCUCUCUCCCCCACUAGGAGUGGGUGGUUGUUUGGAUGGAUUUAGCUCCUUGAUGCGUCACGUGAUUAUAAUCUAACCCAAACUAGCAUGCAUUUCUGCAGUUUUGUUCCACGCAGACUCUGUCGCGUCCAUCCCCUCCAGCAUUUUGGUUCGGUUCCGGUCCAUAUUGGACAAGAGCACCCAAGACCAGAGGAUGCAGAGGUGUUGAGUGUUCUUGUCCCUCCAAGCAGCUUUCUUGGCCUCUGGGUGUGGUGUGGGGCUUGAACCCAGGAGCUGUGAGCAGAGCCUCUGCCUGGCCGUCCUCUGCGUCCUCUGCUCCUCUUUCUGCUGCCUCCUCUUCCCAGGCGCCUAGCCAGUCCUGUCUGUCUACUGCCUGUCAGGCCCAGUCAGUCCACAGGGUGUGAUCUAAGGGCUCUGGAACAUUGAGGUGAGGGAAAAGUCCAGAAGAAAGUAGAAAGGGGGUAUAGAGACAGGCUGGAGCUCGCCAUGCACAGGCACGGUCCACUGUGCCACACAAAUCAGCUACUGUUCCCCAGCAUUGACCAUGGCUGUGUGUGGCACAGCAGUUCCCUGGACCUACAGAAGACAGGCUGAACCGUACCUGCCUCCCAGGGCAGCUGGAGCUCAGCUCCAGUUUCACAUCCUUGUGCUGCAUGUUUGUGAAGGCAGACGACCAGAUAGUGUCCUAGGGAUCGUGGAAGGCAGGCCUUGGCAUGUGUUCGUGCUGGUGUGGGCACAGUGCUGGCUGCAGGCAGAUCCACAGGGUAUCAGGACAGGCAGAGCGUGGUGGCAGCUGCUUAGAGUAUGGACUGACUGGGCACUGUGGUAAGAAAAGGCUCUCAGCCACCCACACAGGGUUGCUCUCUCCACAGCUCCAGGGCAUCUGAACCUUUGUGGUUUGUGUGUGUGUCCUGUGUUUUUAAUGUCGAAGUGGAUAAUGAGAUGUAAAGAAGACAUUAGUGACUUACAGACACACCGGCACUGUGUACCAGUGUGUUCUGCUGGGGACCUUUGUUUCGAGAUUCAGAAAUGCUCUGGAGUCUGGUCGAAUUAAUUACGUAGCAGUUGUUGGCGCUGGUGAUGAAGCGCCAGAGGGAAGGUGGUUCAGAGAGAGGAAGGAGCAAGGAGAAGCCAGGGACCACAGUGUGUGCCAGGCUCGGAGUCAGCGCUGGGCACCUCGUGGUGGAUUCCUUUCCCCUGUUUCGUCGCCGUCUUCUUAAAGCUGUGACACCAGAGGGCAGUAAACUGCUCCCGGGUCCGCUCUUAUAGAGUGGCCGUAGUGCUCUGUCAAACACUCGCUUCCAUUUUCAAAGAUAAAAGACAUUGAUUACA